GGAGCCACAUGGGGGGCGGGCAGGGGCCUGGCCCCCUAAUGCUCCAUUAAUUCCAUUUAGAAUCUCUAAUCAAAUACAAAAUUACACUAUAUGAUUCGUCUAAUUAGCUUUUGGUCCCCUCCAAAUGGCUACUUGGCCCCUCUUAUUUGGAAUUCCUGGCUCCACCCCUGCUGGCGCCUCAUCUCUCGAUCAUCGAGCUGUUUGAUUGAUGCAUGCAUCACACGCCUAUAUAAGCCGUUGCAUUACCUCGUCGCCCUCUCAUCGGAUCAUCCAUCCAUCCAUCCAAACAUGGCAGGGGCACGGGAGCUUCUCCUCGGCGUUUGUGCCGCGCUGAUGGUAGUUGCUAUCGCAAAUGCGGCCAAUGGCAACGCGGCGUCUGUCGUCGUCGGCCUGGCCAAGUGCGCCGACUGCACGCGGAAGAACUUGAAGGCUGAGGCGGCUUUCAAAGGUCUUCAGGUGGCGAUCAAGUGCAAGAACAGCAAAGGUGACUACGAGAGCAAGGCCGUCGGCGAGCUGGAAGGCUCUGGCGCCUUCAACGUCCCCCUAACCACCGACCUCCACGGCGCCGACUGCCUUGCGCAGCUGCACAGCUCGGCGGGCACGCCGUGCCCCGGUCAGGAGCCUUCCCGGAUCGUUCCACAGUCCGAGAGCCACUUCGUGGUGGUGCCGGGCAAGACAAACAACCCAUCGGCAGAAUGCGCAUCGGUAACCAUUUGCGGUCCAAUCAAGAAGCACUUCAUGGACUACUUCCACAAGAAGCCUGUGCCACCGAAGCCGAAGCCGGAGCCGGAACCAAAGCCAGAACCGAAGCCACAGCCGGAGUACCACCAUCCCUUCCUCGACCACUUCCACAAGAAGCCUGUGCCACCAAAGCCAAAGCCAGAGCCCAAGCCGCAGCCAGAGUACCAUCCCCCAACUCCCACAUACGGGUCUCCGACUCCGAUCUACCAUCCUCCAGCAAGGCAUUUGUUCGACAAGUUGCUUGAUCACUUCCACAAGGACCACGACCACCACGACUACUUCGACCACUUCCACAAGAAGCCUGUUCCGCCCAAGCCGGAGCCCAAACCACAGCCAGAGUACCACCCCCCAACACCCACGUAUGAGUCUCCUACUCCAAUCUACCAUCCUCCUACUAAGCACUUGUCCGACAAGAAGCACUGGCUCGACCACUUCCACAAGGAGCUCGAUCACCACCCCUUCUUCGACCACUUCCACAAGAAACCAGUGCCACCGAAGCCGAAGCCGGAGCCGGAACCAAAGCCAGAACCGAAGCCACAGCCAGAGUACCACCAUCCCUUCCUCGACCACUUCCACAAGAAGCCAGUGCCUCCAAAGCCAAAGCCAGAGCCCAAGCCCAAACCUCAGCCGGAGUACCACCCCCCAACGCCUACAUACAGUUCACCGACUCCGAUAUACCACCCUCCGGCCAAGCACUGAGUUGAAGAAUGCUAAGUGAUCCGCAUUGCAACAAGUUGGAUGCAUGCAUGAUCGUCUUGUGUGAUUUGAAGGGCUCUUCUUUUGUUUCUACAGAAUAAACUACAGCUACAUAUCUGAUACGUUUGAGUAAGUAUCUAUACUUCUUUGUGUGUUGGGAUAUGUGUCCUAUGUAAGAUCCAGGUGUUCCUUUUUGUAUGCAUGUACUGUAAUGUCAUUGUUCACUUUUAAGUAUCAAGUAAAUGGUGUACACUGUAUUUUAACUUAUCUUGCAUAUUGGAACUAUUUAAAUGCAAAUAUCUGCAUUCAA